CGGAGCUACUGCAAACGAGAGUGCCGAUUCUGGAGGAGGAGGAACUCGGAGGGCAGUUCCAGGCGGCCGGGGAAUAGCGCGACUGGGCUGGAGACGCCUCCGCUGCUCCUCCCGGUCACUCAUCCCGCACAUCCCAGCGCCCAGAGCCCGGAGCCACCCUCAGCCGGGGAUGCGGGAGCCCUCCUGACACCGGCCACUCCACAGAGCCCUUUUUCCUUACGUUGCAGAGGGAUUUGGGGGCGAAGUGUUGAUGACCUAAUUUUCCAGGCAUCUGAAUAUCCUGAGGGGCUCCUGAGAUGUUUAGACAAGCCUUGUUUCCCACUCUCCUUUGUGUGGCUCUAGUUCCUCUCCAUGCCGCUCAGCUUGAUGUGGAUGGUGGAGAUGUCAGUCCUACCUCCUGUGCAGAAAAGAGGAACUGCCCCAUCAAUGUCUACUUCAUCAUUGACACCUCGGAGAGCGUGGCUCUGCAGACUGUGCCCAUCCAGAGCCUCGUGGACCAAAUAAAGCGCUUCAUCCCCAUGUUCAUCGAUAAGCUGGAGAGCGAGCUCUACCAGAAUCAAGUCUACAUCACCUGGCAGUUUGGUGGGCUCCAUUACUCAGACGUGGUAGAAAUUUACAGCCCCUUGACAAGCAGCAAAGACAUUUACCUGCCCAGGCUGUCUGCCAUUAAUUACCUGGGCCGGGGCACCUUCACGGACUGUGCAAUCUCCAACAUGACCCAGCAGAUCCAGACCCAGAUGGCCAACGGCGUGAACUUCGCGGUGGUCAUCACCGAUGGCCAUGUAACGGGCAGCCCCUGUGGGGGGAUGAAGAUGCAGGCUGAGAGGGCACGAGACAUGGGCAUCAAGCUGUUCGCGGUGGCCCCCAGCGAGAAGGUGUACGAGCAGGGUCUGCGGGAGAUCGCCAACCUGCCGCACGAACUGUACCGCAACAACUACGCCAUCACCCAGAGGGACACCCUGGAGAUCGAUGUCAACACCAUCGACAGGAUCAUCCAGGCUAUGAAACACGAAGCCUACGGCGAGUGCUACAAGAUGAGCUGCCUGGAGAUUGCAGGGCCACCUGGUCCCAAGGGAUACAGAGGGCAGAAGGGUGCAAAGGGGAACAUGGGUGAGCCAGGUUCCCCGGGGCUGAAGGGACGACAGGGCGACCCAGGUAUUGAAGGUCCGAUCGGAUACCCCGGUCCCAAGGGUGUCCCAGGGCUGAAAGGAGAGAAGGGAGAAAUUGGAUCUGACGGACGGAGGGGUGCCCCUGGCUUGGCAGGAAGGAAUGGCACAGAUGGACAGAAGGGCAGGCUGGGGAGAAUUGGACCACCAGGAUGCAAGGGUGACCCUGGUGACAAGGGCCCUGAUGGCUACCCAGGAGAUGCAGGAGACCAAGGAGAAAGAGGAGAUGCAGGCAUAAAGGGGGAUCCUGGCCGGCCUGGUCGCAGUGGACCCCUGGGGCCCCCAGGAGAAAAAGGAAGCCCGGGACUUCCAGGCAACCCUGGAGCUCAAGGGCCUGCUGGAACCAAGGGAAGGAAAGGUGAAGUGGGACCUCCUGGACCCAAAGGAGAGGCUGGGCGACGUGGAGAUCCAGGGACGAAAGGCAGCAAAGGCACUCCUGGAGGCAUAGGAGAAAGGGGAGAUCCUGGUCCAGAGGGUAAUCGUGGUCUGCCCGGUGAGGUUGGAAACAAAGGAGCCAGGGGAGAACAAGGACUACCAGGACCUCGAGGCCCUUCAGGUGCUGUGGGAGAGCCAGGCAGGAUAGGAUCACGUGGGGACCCUGGUGACUUGGGCCCAAGAGGUGAUGCUGGACCACCAGGACCAAAGGGUGACAGAGGCAGGCCUGGCUUUAGCUACCCCGGACCCAGAGGACCUCAGGGUGACAAGGGUGAGAAGGGGCAGCCAGGACCCAAGGGAGGACGAGGCGAGCUUGGACCAAAAGGAGUACAAGGGACCAAAGGAGAGAAGGGGGAGCCGGGUGAUCCUGGCCCAGGAGGAGAGCCUGGACAGCGUGGUCCACCUGGUGAAGCAGGCCCUGAGGGGACACCUGGCCCACCAGGAGAUCCUGGUCUGACUGACUGUGAUGUGAUGACCUAUGUGCGAGAGACGUGCGGAUGCUGUGACUGUGAGAAGCGCUGCGGUGCCCUGGACAUCAUGUUCGUUAUAGACAGCUCCGAGAGUAUCGGCUACACCAACUUCACCCUGGAGAAGAAUUUUGUCAUCAACGUGGUCAGCAGGCUGGGCUCUAUUGCCAAGGACCCCAAGUCACAGACAGGUGCCCGUGUUGGGGUGGUGCAGUACAGUCACGAGGGGACUUUUGAAGCCAUCAAGCUUGAUGAUGAACGCAUUGAUUCUCUGUCGAGCUUCAAGGAAGCAGUGAAGCGCCUGGAGUGGAUCGCUGGAGGCACCUGGACACCAUCUGCCCUUCAGUUUGCCUACAACAAGCUCAUCAAGGAAAGCAGGAGAAAGAAAGCCCAAGUGUUCGCUGUGGUGAUCACAGACGGGCGCUACGACCCCCGGGAUGAUGACAAGAACCUCGGGGCUCUUUGUGGCAGAGAUGUGGUGGUCAACACCAUCGGCAUAGGCGACAUGUUCGACCAGCCGGAGCAGAGUGAGACCCUGGUCUCUAUUGCCUGCAACGAACCCCAGCGAGUCCAGAAGAUGAGGCUCUUCUCAGACCUAGUGGCAGAGGAGUUCAUUGACAAGAUGGAGGAUGUGCUCUGCCCAGAUCCACAGGUUGUCUGCCCCGAGCUGCCCUGUCAGACAGAGCUUGCUGUAGCCCAGUGCACCCAGCGCCCUGUUGAUGUCGUCUUCUUGCUGGACGGCUCAGAAAGGAUCGGGGAGCAGAACUUCCAGAGUGCCCACCGCUUCGUGGAGGAUGUGGCCCGGCAGCUGACGCUGGCCCGGAGCAACAGCGACCACAUGAACGCCCGGAUCGCGCUGCUGCAAUACGGCAGUGAGCGGGACCAGAACGUGGUCUUCCCGCUGACCCACAACCUCACCGAGAUCUCCGAUGCGCUGGCACAGAUCAAGUACUUGGACUCGUCCUCCAACAUCGGGUCAGCCAUCAUCCACGCCAUCAACAACAUCGUGCUCAGCCCAGGCAACGGGCAGCGACUUGCCCGGCGCAAUGCCGAGCUCUCCUUCGUCUUCAUCACCGACGGCAUCACGGGAAGCAAGAACCUGGAGGAGGCCAUCAACUCCAUGAAGAAGCAAGAUGUCAUGCCCACGGUGGUGGCUCUGGGGAGUGAUGUGGACAUGGAUGUCCUGCUGAAGCUUGGCCUUGGAGACCGGGCAGCCAUCUUCCGGGAGAAAGACUAUGACAGCCUCUCCCAGCCCAGCUUCUUCGACAGGUUCAUUCGGUGGAUUUGUUAAAAGAAGGGCACAUACACAAUCCUUCUCUCACUGAUAUACACACCCCUGAUAUUACCUGUUGUAUUUUCUUCCCCCUGUAUGGUUGCUAGCCCUGAAGACUUGCCCUCUGGGUCCUCCUUUCUAACCAAAAUCCAGAGCUCUUUAUUGAUUUUCAUGAUUUUCAUGAUGAAGAGUCAUCAUGAUGAAUCUUACAUUUAUGGUGCUAAUUAAAACCCAGAUCAAAGCAGGAUACAGAGCCAUAUGAAGUAUUUCUGUAAAGCUUUGCACACACCAAGCCAUGACUUGUGUAUGUACUGUAAUCCUAGGAGGGCUUAUCAGAGAUGCAAGAAACCUUUCCAGUGUAGCAGGACCAAUGAAUAACUCAAUCUCUCAAUAUCUCUCAGUGCCUCUUGCCCAACCUUUCUGGGAACAGCAGGAUGGUGUGAGAGGUACUGCUGCCUUCCACAGAUGCUUCUUUGGGGGGAUUUAUCUAUGUUAAAUUUCACCAAUCAUCUCUAAGAUCUUUAUUUUCCUGUGGGCCACACCUGCCUUGAUUCCUUCUGUUAUUCUGCCCUUCAUCAGAACCUGCUCAUCUAUUACUGCACUCAGAAUUUCAGCUGAGAGGGGCAGCAUGACUCCCAGCAUCAAAAUACUGGGCAGCCACCAGAGCUGCCUCCCAGUCAUCCCAGUAUGCUCAAAGCAUCCAUGGUACCUUCCUCCCACCAGUAUCUGCUGAGCAAUGCCCAGAUUUGAAUUCAAAUUGUGCUGUCUGCAAAAAUAAACGAACCUUUUCC